AUGGCUUCUCGACUACCUUUCCAUCGUCUGCCUGGGCAACACCUGAGAAGUUUGCCUCGAAGUGCUCAGGUUUGCCGCACUGCUUCACUCGGUCGCUCCAGGGGUUUCACUUCAAAUGCGCUCCAAAAAAAUGUGAAAAUGGCCGGCCGGCUAAACUCCGGUCUGCAACGGUUCAACGGUUUGAGAUUCACCUACAGCCCUCUUGUCGCCGCUCCCUUUGGAGCCCAUCAAGUUAGAACCUAUGCGGACACCGUUGUCAAAGUCCCGCAGAUGGCCGAGUCUAUCACCGAGGGCACCUUAAAGCAGUUUUCGAAACAGGUUGGAGAUUAUGUUGAACGGGACGAGGAGCUUGCGACAAUUGAAACUGAUAAGAUCGACGUCUCCGUCAAUGCUCCUGAGUCUGGCACGAUUAAGGAGUUCCUGGUGAGCGAAGAAGACACCGUUACGGUUGGUCAGGACCUUGUCAGGUUGGAACUGGGAGAUGCUCCUGAAGGCAAGAAAGAGGAGGAGGCAUCUCAGAAGCCCGCAGAACCAGCAAGCCCCGAGAAACCUACGGCCUCGGAGCCAGAGCAACCAAAGACGUCUGAGUCAACGAAAGCGCCCGCUUCUGAGAAGCCUGCCGCCAAAGACAGUGAGCCCAAGAAGUCGCAACCCACUGCAUCAAAGCCACAGGCCGCUGAAGACAGCAAGCCCAGCAUCGGAGGCCGCGAGGAGCGGAGGGUCAAGAUGAACAGAAUGAGACUGAGAAUCGCCGAGCGCUUGAAGCAAUCACAGAACACGGCGGCCUCUCUCACCACCUUCAACGAGGUCGACAUGUCGUCACUCAUGGAGUUCAGGAAACUUUAUAAAGAUGAUGUGCUGAAGAAGACGGGUGUCAAGCUCGGAUUCAUGAGCGCCUUCUCUCGUGCAUGCGUCCUGGCCAUGAAAGACGUCCCCGCUGUCAAUGCAUCUAUCGAAGGACCAAACGGCGGUGACACCAUUGUUUAUCGUGACUACGUUGAUAUCAGUGUAGCCGUCGCCACUGAAAAGGGCCUUGUUACGCCGGUCGUCCGCAACGCGGAGACUAUGGAUCUUGUUGGCAUCGAAAAGUCCAUUGCAGACCUUGGCAAGAAGGCCCGUGACAACAAGUUGACGAUUGAGGAUAUGGCCGGAGGCUCUUUCACCAUCAGCAACGGUGGUGUUUUUGGUUCUCUCAUGGGCACGCCUAUCAUUAAUCUUCCACAGACGGCCGUUCUUGGACUCCAUGCCAUCAAGGACAAGCCAGUUGCUGUCAACGGUAAAAUCGAGAUACGUCCUAUGAUGUAUCUUGCUCUGACCUACGACCACCGACUCUUGGAUGGCCGGGAGGCUGUUACAUUCCUUGUUAAGGUCAAGGAAUAUAUCGAAGACCCCCGUCGCAUGCUACUGGGCUGA